CCUUCAGAAAAAUAUUUAGUUCAUGAACACGGAGUAUACUACAACUUUGAUUAUCGGUAAAUUCUCUUGAAGCUUGCGCGUAAGCUUGUUGAGUAAGUUUAACCGUUUGUAAUAUCUGAGUAAGUGUGCACGUUUCGUGUCCAAAGAGACUUAAAGCAAUGCGUUACGUAGCUGCUUACUUGUUAGCCUCUUUAGGAGGAAAUAAAAAUCCAUCUGUUGGUGAUAUUGAGAAGAUCCUGGGAAGUGUAGGAAUAGAAGUUGAUAAGGAAAGAGCAAAGAAAGUUAUUUCAGAACUGAGUGGAAAAGAUAUCAAUGAAGUUAUUCAAAGUGGUAAGUCGAAAUUGGCUUCAAUGCCUUCUGGUGGAGCAGUAGUUGCCUCUGGAGGUGCAGCACCUGCAGCUGCUGCAGAAAGCUCUCCUGCUAAAGAAGACAAAAAGGAGGCUAAAAAAGAAGAGUCUGAAGAAUCAGAAGAUGACAUGGGAUUUGGACUUUUUGAUUAAAAUAAAAAUCGUCUUUUA